AUGACUUUACUAUCUCCAAAUCCAAUUUAUAAAGAUAUUACCGAAGAACAGAAAGCUAGUAAUUCAUAUGCUGCUUUUGUUCCUGGCCAAACAAUUGUUGAAAUUCCUUCAUAUACAUUGGAGUGUGGCGAAAUUUUAAGUAACUUUCCCGUAGCAUAUAAAACAUGGGGUAGAUUGAAUAAAGAUAGAGAUAAUACUUUCGUUAUUUGCCAUGCUUUAACUGGAUCAUCCGAUGUUCAAGAUUGGUGGGGACCAUUAUUAGGCACAGGCAAGACGUUUGACCCUUCCAGAUUUUUCAUAAUUUGUAUAAAUUUCUUAGGAUCACCAUAUGGAUCUUGUUCGCCAGUCAGCAUUGAUAAAUCCACCGGAAAGCCAUACGGACCAUUAUUUCCAUUAGUGACUGUUAAGGAUGAUAUCGGCAUCCAAAAAUUGAUAUUAGAUUCAUUAGAUGUAAAGGGUAUUGCAUGUGUCAUUGGCGGCUCCAUGGGAGGAAUGAUUGCUUUGGAAUACGCUGCUACUUAUAAUGAUUCAGCAUACGUUAGAUCAGUAAUUUCUUUAGCCACAUCAGCCAGGGCAUCCGCCUGGUGUAUUUCAUGGAAUGAAACUCAGAGACAAUGCAUUUUCAGUGAUCCAAAUUACGACGAUGGGUAUUAUUAUGAGAACAAAAAUGGCAUUAAACCAGAUUCAGGGUUAAGUGCUGCUAGAAUGGCCGCUUUAUUAACGUAUAGGUCAAGAAAUUCGUUCGAAACAAGAUUUGGAAGAAAUUUGCCCUCCGUGAAAAGCAAUACUCAACAGAAUCAAAUAUCCGAAGAAGAGCGUAAAAAUCAAGAAAAAGAACAGGGAAUUAGAUACCCAAAAAACAAAGAUGAAGAAAAUUGGCUAUUGCAUAAUGAAGGAUCCAGAUCAAGGUCAUCGGUGAAUAGAAGUUCUUCGUCAUCAAAUGUAUCUUCUUCUGUUAAACCACAGACUUACUUUACAGCACAAUCUUACUUAAGAUAUCAAGGUAAUAAAUUUGUUAAUCGUUUUGAUGCUAACUGUUAUAUUUCAAUUACAAGAAAAUUAGAUACCCAUGAUAUAACCAGGAAUCGAGUUGAUUCAGAACAGCUUUUAGAGGAUCCUUUACCAGAUUUUCUUUCAGGUUUAAAACAACCACAUUUGGUAAUUGGUAUCCAAUCUGACGGGUUAUUCACAUACGGAGAACAGCAAUUAUUAGGACAGUGUAUUCCAAAUUGUAUUCUUAAGAAGAUAAAUUUACCGGAAGGUCACGAUGCAUUUUUAUUAGAAUUUGAAAUCAUUGAUAAAUACUGUACAGAGUUCUUGCACAGUAAACUCCCGGAAUUUUUCAGUCCAGAUUCAACGAAGGUUGAACUCUUUGAAGAUUGGAGCAAGUAUAUUACGAGUUCCGAUAAUGGUGGUAAUUCAGUAUUCGGUGAAGUUGAAAAGAAUAUUACUAAUUGGUAA